GCAACCGAGGCGGCGCGAAGAAAACACCGACCGGGAAGAAAAGGAGGAGACGGCUCGCAAGUGCUGCCGGUCUCGCGUUGUUGACGGAAGAUGACGUCGGCUGCGCCGCGCGGUGAUUGGCUCGUAGCGUCACACGUGACCAGGCCCUGAACGGAAGAGGACUGUGCCGCUGCGACGAAGUUAGGUCGUGACCAUGCAGAGCACCACCAACUACCUGUGGCUGAUCUCCGACCUUCUGGGUCAGGGCGCCACGGCCAACGUGUACCGUGGCAGACACAAGAAAACGGGCGACCUGUACGCGGUCAAAGUGUUCAACAACCUGAGCUUCCUGAGGCCACUGGACGUGCAGAUGCGAGAGUUUGAGGUGCUCAACAAGCUCAACCACAAGAACAUCGUCAAGCUCUUCGCCGUCGAGGAGGAGUCCAACACGCGUCACAAAGUCCUGGUGAUGGAGUACUGCCCGUGCGGGAGUCUCUACACCGUCCUGGAGGAGUCGUCCAACGCCUACGGACUCCCCGAGGACGAGUUCCUCAUCGUCCUGCACGACGUCGUGGCGGGAAUGAACCACCUGAGGGAGUACGGCAUCGUGCACCGCGACAUCAAGCCGGGCAACAUCAUGCGCGUCAUCGGCGAGGACGGACGCUCCGUCUACAAACUGACCGACUUUGGAGCCGCCCGAGAACUGGAGGACGACGAGCAGUUUGUGUCGCUCUACGGGACCGAGGAGUACCUGCACCCCGACAUGUACGAGCGCGCCGUGUUGAGGAAGGACCACCAGAAGAAGUACGGCGCCACCGUGGACCUGUGGAGCAUCGGCGUCACCUUUUACCACGCCGCCACUGGCAGCCUGCCCUUCAGACCCUUCGAGGGCCCGCGCAGGAACCAGGAAGUCAUGUACAAGAUCAUCACCGAGAAGCCGUCCGGCACCAUCUCGGGUCACCAGAAGUGCGAGAACGGCAAGAUCGAGUGGAGCGCCGAGAUGCCCGUGUCCUGCAGCCUCUCCAAGGGUCUGCAGAGCCUGCUGACUCCCGUCCUGGCCAACAUCCUGGAAGCUGACCAGGAGAAGUGCUGGGGCUUCGACCAGUUCUUCGCCGAGACCAACGACAUCCUGCACCGGGCGGUGGUCUUUGUCUUCAGCCUGCAGCAGGCCACCCUGCACCACGUCUACAUCCACGAGUACAACACGGCGGCGCUGUUCCAGGAGCUGCUGUCCCGCCGCAGCAGCAUCCCUCUGCACAGCCAGGAGCUGAUUUACGAGGGCCGGCGCCUGGUCCUGGACCCCAACCGCCAGGCCAAGACCUUCCCCAAGACCACCAGAGACAACCCCAUCAUGCUGGUCAGCAGAGACUCGGUGGCCACCGUGGGACUCAUCUUCGAGGACCCCAGCCCCCCCAAAGUGCAGCCCCGCUACGAUCUGGACCUGGACGCCAGCUAUGCCAAGACCUUCGCGGGGGACGUCGGACACUUGUGGAAAACGUCCGAGUCCCUCCUGGUCUACCAAGAACUGGUCCGCAAAGGAGUCCGGGGUCUUGUCGAGCUGAUGAAGGAGGACUACGGCGAGAUUGUCCGCAAAAAGUCGGAGGUGUUCCACCUGUGCGGCUUGGCCACGCAGACGCUGGAGAAGACCAAGCAGCUGUUGGAGGUCCUCAUGCAAGCCAACAUGCUGACGUCCGAGUAUGACGAGAUUGCCGACAUGCAUAAGAAAGUGGUCAGGAUCAGCAGCUCGCUGGAGCCCAUCGAUCGAAGCACGCAGGACCUGAAGGCCAAGUUCCUCCCGGGAGGCCCGCUGAGUGACGCCUGGACGCAGCAAGUGGGCACGCACCCCCAAGACAGGAAUGUGGAAAAGAUCAAAGUUCUGCUGGACGCCAUCACGGCCAUCUACCAACAGUUCAAGAAGGACAAAGCUGAACGCCGUCUCCCGUACAAUGAGGAGCAGAUCCACAAGUUUGACAAGCAGAAGUUGGUCCUGCACGCCAGCAAAGCUCGCUCGUUGUUCACGGAAGAGUGCGCCAUGAGGUACCGCCUCUUCAUCUCCAAGAGCGAGGAGUCCAUGAGGAAGGUUCACCACGUGAGGAAGCAGCUGCUGGCCCUGACGGCUCAGCUCAUCGGCAUCGAGAAGGAAGUUAGCGUGUUGAUGGAGAGAGCCGCCAAGCUGCAGGAGCAAGUCCCCGCCAAAGUUCUUCCGCUGGUGCUGAGCGGUCUGAAGCCUCAAGCGUACCUGAGCCAGAACACGCUGGUGGAGAUGACGCUCGGGAUGAAGAAGCUGAAGGAGGAGAUGGAGGGCGUGGUCAAGGAACUGGCCGAAAACAACCACUUCCUGGAAAGAUUCGGGACGCUGACGCUGGAUGGAGCUUUGCGAGGUUGAACCCCAGCCCCCCAACAACAACAGCAACAGCAACAAGACUUUAGCUUUUGUAAAUAGCUGCCUUGGUUUUGUAAAUAUUUCACUGACGGCUCAGCUUUGUACAUGUGACGAUGAUGACGAUGAUGAUGAUGAUGGCCACGCACAGGCAAAUAAAAAUCUCAAAAAGA